AUGCAGCGCGCGGCCCUCCUCGCGCUCCUCCUGCUCGCCCUGCCCCCUGCGGCGGCGGCGGGCCGGGCCGUCGAGGCCCGCGCGUCGCGCCUUCGCAGCGCCCCCGACGUGUCGGCGGAGGUCAGGGCGGAGGCCGCCCAGAACCUGCAGAUCCACGACAGCUUCGUGAGCCAGGAGCGCGACGACGAGGUGGCGGAGGCCCAGCUCAAGGGUCGGCACGACAUGAGCGCCCUGUCUUUCGGGAAGUGGGUGGUGGCGCUCGACAAGGACCUGAAGACGUCCAUGCUCGUGCAGACGUCCGUGAACGCGUCGUCGCCCGAGAUCAAGGACCCCUGCGGCGCCAUCUCGUGCGCCGCCAACCUCAAGUGCCCAGGCACAUUCAAGGUGGAGACCUUGCCUGGCCACUGCUGCCCCUACUGCGUCAACCCCGACAUCAAGCUCGAGUCUGUGAUCACCGGCGCGACGGGGUCUUCUGGUGGCAAGGCCAGCGUCUUCUGCCCGAACGUGUGGUGCUUCCCCACGAUGUGCACCAAGGCGACCGUGGAGCCGACCACCACCAGCGGCGCGUGCUGCACCACCUGCCCCGCGUAG